UUUCACGGUUUUCAGCGGAAGGAUACAACACCGAAUGUCAUUGUAGUGCUGAGGUUUUUGCGAAGCAAAAAUGUCUGUCUGCCUAAGGUUAACUCGCAAGUGACAUGUAGGGAUAUUUAGCUAACUAUUACAACCUAAAUCACAAUUUUACAGUAUUUGAGACGCGUUACAAGAGAACGAGGCUCCAUACUACCACACCCGAUCGCCCUAGUUGGAAUUUUAAAGGGGAAAAGGUAAAAUAUUGUAGUGAGUUUGUCAAAAAAGGUUUCGGACUGGGUGAAAGAAGUUGGGAUACAAGAGACUGGAGCUGGUAUGGAGUAAAGGGUCUAAAGAUUGGCAGGAUGAAUCCUCAACAGCGGAUUGCCGCUAUCGGAACAGACAAGGAAUUGAGUGACUUACUGGAUUUUAGCGCGACCACUUCUUUUCUUCUGGUAGAUGUUUUCUCCACCCGUAAAUAGUGGGAAAAACAGGCCAACCACCCUUGGAAGCAGCCAGUUCAGUGCACCAGGUAUGGAUGAGAGGCCGAGCCAGGCAUCGUCCUCCUGGGCCCCAGGUGGCCAGUCGUCCAGUCCCUCCUACGAGUCCUCCAGGGGUUUGGCAGACAGCCCUCAUUAUGGUGAUCACAUGAGUGACAGUCGAUUAGUGUCCCAUGAAGGAUUGUCCCAGACACCUUUUAUGAACUCCAGCAUAAUGGGUAAAUCAGCAGAGAGGGCUCAAUUUCCAGCCUAUGGGAGAGAGCCUGGCGUGUCUGGCUGCCAGGCCAAUCUGCGGCCGGACAUUGGUUUGGUGAGUCCUGGGCCUGUGACCACAUCGGGGAAAACGGCCCCUCCCUUCUACCCUCCCUUCACAGGGGCCAACCCCAGAAGACGCCCCCUACCGGAACCUACUCCCAUUGAUCCUCUACAAACAAAGAAAGUUCGCAAGGUCCCUCCUGGUCUGCCUUCAUCUGUGUAUGCCCCUUCUCCCAACACAGAAGACUUCAACAGAGAUUCUCCCUCCUACUCAUCUCCCAAACCCCCCAGCAGUAUGUUUGCAACCACUUUCUUUGAUGGGACCCACAACUCUUCUGAUCCGUGGAAUUCCUCCAAUGGGAUCAACCAGCCUAGUUAUGGAGGAAUGCUGGGAGGAUCUUCAUCUCACAUGCCGCAGUCAGGAAAUUACGUCAACAUGCACUCACAUGACCGCCAGAAUUACCCUCCACACUCUGUGUCGCCGACAGACAUCCAUGCCAGUCUUCCUCCAAUGUCCAGCUUCCACCGCAGCAACGCCAGCACUUCACCAUUCGUUAACCCAACACACACCCCGCCUAUCAACACCACCGACGGGGUCAUGGUUGCUGCAAAUCGGGGGAACGCCUCUGGAAGCCAGCAGACUGGAGAUGCACUGGGCAAAGCCUUGGCUUCGAUUUACUCACCUGACCACACCAGCAGUAGUUUUCCAUCCAACCCCUCCACCCCUGUAGGAUCUCCGUCGCCCCUGACUUGCACAGCAGGUGCUGCUGCCUCAGCAGGUACAGUGGUGACCACCGGCGCCCCCUCUGGAAGGGCAGGUACCAACCAAUGGUCCCGUGGUGCAGCCGGGCAGAGCUCCUCCUCGCCCAACUAUGAGAACUCCCUGCACUCACUGAAAACUCGAGUCCAUCAGCAGCUUCAUGAGCAUCUCCAGGAUGCCAUGUCAUUCUUAAAGGAUGUAUGCGAGUCUCGGAUGGAGGAUCGCCUGGACAGACUGGAUGAUGCCAUCCUCGUCCUGCGGAACCAUGCCGUGGGCUCCACCACCAGUCUGCCCAGCGACAUACACAGCCUGCUGGGACAGAACGGGCCAAUAGCAGCCCUCGGAGCAAACUUCCCUGCCGCCGGAUUGGUUGCUAGUCGGACAGCAGCAAUGGGUGGUUCUCACCGGGAUGAGGGUGGCAGUUUGAUCAACAGUCACGGAGGGCCGCCCAGCGUGGGCUCCAUGUCCAACAUGUCCAGCAUGUCCACCGCUGAACUCAACCACCAAGUGGAAACCUUCAGAGGUCUGGCUGCAGGUCUGGCUGGUCAGGUGGCUGCAGCCCUGGAGCUGAAGGUAGAGAACCAGGACAGAGAUGACAUGCAUGAUGGCCACUCCUCCGACGACCUCGGCUCCGGAGACGAAAGCGACAAGAGGGACAUCAAGACUCCCAGAGGAGGCACACGGACAAGCAGCAUCAAUGAGGAUGAUGACAACCUGAACCCAGAGCAGAAGGCUGAGCGGGAGCGCGAGAGGAGGAUGGCCAACAACGCCCGCGAACGCCUGAGGGUGCGAGACAUCAACGAGGCUUUCAAGGAGCUGGGCCGCAUGGUUCAGCUGCACCUGAAGAGCGAGAAGCCCCAGACCAAGUUGCUCAUCCUGCACCAGGCCGUGGCAGUCAUACUGAGCCUGGAGCAACAAGUCAGAGAGCGGAAUCUGAACCCCAAAGCAGCCUGCCUUAAGAGGAGGGAAGAGGAGAAGGUGUCUGGCCAUGGUAUCUCUGGGGACCAGCAGGCCCACCAUGGGGUCCACCCCGGCCUCACCGACACAUCCAACCCCAUGGGCCGACUCUGAGGAGCACACAGAUCAAAAUGAUCCAGAUCAAUUCUGUAAGAUAGAGAUGGUGCCCUUGCUUCCCAAUGGCAGACAGGACUCACAGUUUGUGACACAAAUUGGAGGCGACAGACCACUUGAAGCUAAACCCCAGACUAACGCAAUCCUUAGAUUGAAGAAAAGCCCAGUGUCCAGGUCCCUGUGAUGACAUCCAACACAUUUCUGCCCACGAGAGAACUUCAGCACAUAUCACACUGUCUGCAAGCAGCGUGUCGCAUCUGAACAAUCAGAGACUGUCGCGAUCUCCUCCACCCUCCCUUGUGGAAGUUUGCCUUGUGCCUAAACUGAAUUGACGAAUGCAUUGUAACCGCAAUUAUGUUGGUUUUUUUGUAUUAUUUUUUCUAUUUAUUAUGUUGCUGAGCUGUAAAGUCUAUGUCUAAAGGGAAAGUUAUGAAUAUGCUUUAAGAAGCCUGUGGCUUUUCAGUUGAUCUACAGUUUGCCAGUGUCACUAGUAUGGCGCAGCCCUUCUCCCUAGCCAGUCUCAGGCUAGCCUGAGCUAAGAUUAAGAUACUCAGGCUCCUGAGAAAGAUAUAAAUUAAUAUAUUCGGCAAUUUAAAGUGAUCUUUAGGGCCCAACUAAAAAUCAAUUAGCGGUAUUGAGUACCAAAAGACUUAAGCAUCCCAUUGAAAAAAGGAACAUAUAUUAUUUAUAUUUAUAUUUUAUUCAUGCUGCAAUGAACAGCAUGUUUAAACCAAAACGACCUGCUCAUGUGUCCGUUUGGUAUAGCUCAGUCUUCAUGUUACUGACAUAAUUAGAGGAAGAGGAUUAGACAUGAGUGGUGGGUAUGAACCCAGCUAAAUAGUGUUCCACACAUACACUAGCCUGAACACUAUAAACUCUGUGUCACAGCUGACAGAAGAAUGGCAAACUCUAGUUUUCCUGAAAGGUCAACUAAAGACUUAUAAGGUGUUUAUUCUCAGUAGUGAGCAGUUCAAAUACAGAAAGCAAACCAUUUACAAACCUUAGCAUUCCCUGCAUAUUUCUUAGUGUCUUAACUAAAGGAAAAGGGACUUCACUGCCUUUUCAUUCCUUUGCCAUAUAGUGUUAAAUGUGAAAAAGUUUAAUCGAAACGACGACCACAAUAUCACCUGGCCUGAAUGAACUUUUCACAUCAUUUGUUUUCUGUUAAACAUAACUAAAGAAAAAAAGUUUUAAAAAAAAACAUUAUUCAAAGUAAUUAAAAGUUAUAUCUUUAUUUGUAAUUGUAUACAAAUCAUUUCUCUAGGCUUCAUAGUAAGGAAUAUGAUGUCAAGCGUGAAAUAGCAGAGAGGAGUUCGAAGUUAUUUAGAAUGGCUUUGUUUUGAUCCAAGCAGUGAAGUUACUGGUGAAGGAAAGGGAAGGGGGAGCUUUAAGAGUUCACAUGCUGUUAAACAUCACAAACAGCUGGUCCUUCAGGUAGGUAUCGUACAAUGAUGAACAAACGCAGUUUUGAGCAGAUUUUUUUUGUUUGUUUCAGGAUGAAGAACAAUGGUCACCACUUACAUUUUUUUAUCUGUGCGCAUGCUUUACUUUCUUUAAAACAAGUAUUUUGGUCUUAACUCCUGGUUUUUAUUCCAUUUGUUUCCUUGUAUACUGUCUUCCAUUAUUAUCCACCUUUAAAACAAGGCUGCCACAGCCAGAGACAAGUAGCCUAUUCUGGUGAAAAUAAUGUCAUAGAAUGAAGGAUGCCAUUGAAAACCACCCCAAGGAGUUUAUACAUUUUUUUUUUUAUUAUUUUACAAUCAUUUUCUUUUUGUGAUAAACUUGGAAACGUAUUGUCGUGUUUUCUCUGACUGCAUGUGGCCUUGUUCAUCAUUUCAGUAUUCAUGAGCUUGUAUUCAUGUUGCUGGCAGAUUGAGGUUAUAAUGUAUGUCACUGCCUGCUCUCUCAUUUCCCCCGUAAUUUUCUAAUGUUCUGCUGUCUGUCUCUUUGCUCCUAUGUUAGACUUUUCUGUAUUCCCAGAUGAUUUUCCUCGUAUAAUAUAUGAAAAAAUAACAAAAAUAAGAUAAAAAAAAAAACAUUUGGCUUAUUUUUCACUGUAGUUAGUCUUUUAUACAAUAAUAUUGUAAGAACAUUUCUUGAAUUCUAAAUAUUACUCUUUCUAGAUUUUUUUAAUCGAAAGUUUUGAGUAAAAAGUUUCUUACUUUAUUUUACUAUAUUAGAUAGUAAAAUGCACGGUUAUCCAUAACCUGUCCAUUAUUAUCUCGAAACGUACAAAUAGCAUCCGAAAACAUAGUAGGAUUGUAGCUGGCAGUCUAGUACAUUGAGGUAUUGUACAAGCUCAAAUGUCAUGAAGGUGUGCUCUCCAUCUUGAUCUUCAGUCUCUAUUGUUGGUGGAUAAAAGAUAUGUACUUGUGUCCAAAAAGUCUAGGUAUUGUUGAUGCACAUCAAAAACCAGCAACAAGAAAUGUAACUAUCUGUCUCUGUAACAGAAAACACAGCAUGUAAAUAACAUUUAUGUAGCAAUAAAUGUGCCAUCUUUUUUAACACAAUUGUGGAUUUAUUUCCUUCUUUGGACGCCAUCUUUAUUUUCUGUUUCUCCACCUUUCAUUUUCCAGUUAUUUCCAUUCAAUUUAGAAUUGUGUGAUUGUUUUAUGAAAUGACGUGCUGGUGGUGCAUUUGGUUGAGCUCAAUACAAGUACAGUACCAUGAUGUGUUCACUCAAGUGAGCUACUGACUCAACAACCCUUCCCAGGUUUUCCCCCUCAGAAGACUUUUCUACAGUGGAUCUAGGCCAAAUGAGGAACUCUGUGCAAGAGUGUGUUUUAUAGUAUGUUACUAAUUUUUAAACAAUAUCAGUGGACCAUUGUAGUCUGUAUGGAAUAUAUGUUUCUAUUUUUAAUAAAGUGUGAUAGCAGCAUA